UCUCUUUCACACACACACACACAAAUUUUUUUUUGGGUUGUGGGAUGUGUCAGGUUGAAUGGAUUUCUUUGGCCUUUUCUUAUAAUGGUACGCUUUUCUCUCUUAUACUCUCUCUCUCUCUCUCUCACAGAGUUUUCCAUUCCAUCCAUGACUUUGUUUGUGCGGGGGAUAGUGGCUUGAAUUAGUAGCUUUAGAUUUGAACUUUUAACUUUGUAGAUUUUUGAUGAUUUUAAGGGGAGGGAGGAGGUAGCUCUCUAGUUAUAUAGCUCAUCGGAGUGGAAAGUGAAAAAGGCAGAAGAGGGGAAAAAAGAGAUGGUGAUUACUGAUUACUGCAACUUAGCCUUAGUUGCUUUCCCCCUCCUCGUCUGAAUUUGCCUCUAGUAUACACACCCCCAAUUCAAAAAGCAUCAAACUGGACAACCAUUAUUGAAACCACAUUUUGUGUAUGAUGAUGGUUGAACAAGAACCAUCUCAUUCUCACCCCUUCCUCUGCAACCACCUACGCAUAUGAUCAUUUCCCUAGCUACUUCUCUCAUUUGCAUUCACCCUUUACCCUGCUGCUGCUUUCUUCAUGAAAAGAUUCAAUCUUGACAAAUCAAAUUCGUUACUUGAUCACAUAUAAAAAAAGAAGACCCUUUUUAAUUUCUCCGUCUCUCUCACCACACGAGCUAGCCUUACUUUUCAGCCCUCGCAUUUAAGCGCAGUCUCUGUCUGAAUUCACUGUUGGUUUAGUUUCUUGCAUGGAUCUGACUAUGGCUAAUCAAGGUGGCAAUAAUAAUAUGCUGAGGGACUACAGGAAGGGGAACUGGAACCUCCAAGAAACCAUGGUUCUUAUAGAAGCCAAGAAAAUGGACGAUCAAAGGAGAAUGAAGAGGGUGGGGGAGAGCAGUGAGAGGGGCAAACCAGCGGAGCUGAGAUGGAAAUGGGUGGAGGACUAUUGCUGGAAAAAUGGGUGUUUGAGAAGCCAAAACCAGUGCAAUGACAAGUGGGACAAUCUGAUGAGAGAUUUUAAGAAAGUUAGGGAGUAUGAGAGGAGAGUGGCGGAGAGAGGUGGAGAAGAAAAGUCAUACUGGAGAAUUGACAAGAACGAGAGGAAAGACAACAAUUUGCCUUCCAAUAUGUUGCCUCAGAUAUAUGAGGCGUUGGUGGAGGUGGUGGAGAGGAAAGGUCAAAGGGAGGCGGCGGCAAGUGGCGGAGCUGGAAGUUCUAGGGCCAAUGUUGUGCCGGCCACGUCUAUAGUGGAAAAAUCUGCUGCUAGUCAUGUUUUAGGUCAUCUAUCAAUGCCGCCCCCAGUGCAACAAUAUCCAAUUAUUCAAGCUCCGGCUAUGCUGCUACCGCUGCCUCCACCGGCACAAGCACCGGCGGAGCCACCCACUAUUCCCUCUUCUCAGCCGUUACCCGCAGUAGUCAGAUUCGGAGACGAGCGAGUACUCAGACUCACCGGCGAAGAGAAGAAAGAGAGGGUCAGGUGGUGGGGACGGGGAAGGAACGAGCGGGGGAGUUGGUACGUUAGAAGAAGUAGGGUCUGCAAUCUCAAAGAGCGCUUCCAUCAUAGCAGAAGCAAUUCGGUCAUGUGAGGAGAGAGAGGAGAGAAGGCACAGAGAAGUAGUGAGUCUGCAGCAGAGAAGACUGGAAAUUGAAGAAUCGAAGGCUGAGAUGAAUAGACAAGGCAUUAAUGGGCUGGUGGAUGCCAUCAACAAACUCGCCAAUUCUAUCCUUGCUUUGGCUGCCCAUAAGGACCAAUCCACUUCCAAAUAGUACUGCCCCCUCUCUCAUUCUUCUCUUAUAUUAAUUUUAUUAUAUACUUACAACCCUCCCCUCCAUUAAUUACUCAUUAUUAUUUACUCCCAUUCUCAUAUUCUAUUUAUGUAUAGAUUAGAAAGAAAGAACCAGAGCGAGAGAGAGAGAGAUUAAUUAUCCCAUUAUUUGUACAGACCUGAUAGAUCAUCGUCUUUAUAUCCAUUAAUGCCGGCCCGCGGCGAUCAUCUAUCA